AUGAAGUGUCCGAACGAACUGAGCAGACCGACAAUGUUUUCUAUCGGUCGCAAAUCGGUGGACCUCAAUUUGGGAGAUCUGUGUGGAACGGGAAAUGAAGACAGCUGGAUUGAUAUAGCAAUGGUCGGGCAUUCUCGGAUAUCGAAGAGUGUACCUUCACAGCAGACCACGGAAAUUCAUACACCUGUGUCUUUAAGAACCACUUCCGAGCACGAGGACUGA